AUGUUUUCAAUUUUUGAUCCUCCCAACCGUGUUCUUCGAGUUUCUGUUAGCAGCAGUACUAACAGUACAGAGAAGUUCCAAAACCUCCCCAUUGUAAGAGGUAGCUGGAUGGAGCCAGUGGAAGCUUUUCCUGAUGAAGAAUGGAGCUGCCUUGGUGGAAUGUUCACCACUGAAGACACCGGUUUCGCAAUGCAGUUACAUGAUGAGGGUUUAAGCUUGGCAACCACAUCAACUUUUUGGCCAACUCCGGAGGCUAAUACGAGCACCGGUGAGGUUGAUGGUAACUUACAUUUUUGUUUAGACACUGUCUACUCUAAUGUGUACUACUCCCCCAAUGAUGGUAGUCACGGAAGCUGUAACAAUAAUGUUCUUCUUCCCGUUCCGAGCCACGAAGAGUACCACUUCAGUGAUUCUAGUUAUAUUCCAGUAACAAUUAACACUCCUGAGCCCAGGGAUUUUUGUGUAAUGGGCGAAAAGAAUACCAUCUCAUCGGUCCCGGUUUUUGCUGAUGAGAUGAUAGAAGAGGCUAUUGGUUUGAAUGAAGGGUUGAGCAAUGACAAAGUGGAGGAGUUGACUGAUCAGGCAGCUGAAAUUGUCGCUGUUUCCAGCAAGGAAUUGAGGCUCAGAAGGAAGUUCGAUAAGACCGAAUCACACACAGAAAGAGAAGAUAAGAUGAGCAUUGAUUCCUUCCAGAGCCCGAAUAAGAGAUCCCGGAUUUCCGGAGAUGAGCAGAGACGCAAAAAGAGCAUGCAGUCCAUAAAACAGAAGCUGUCUUCAGAUGGCAAGGAUGAAGAAGAGACUCAUACCGAAGCCAAUGUACAGACUUCAAGUUCUUCCAGCUCGGAGGAUGAUUCUAAUACUUCUCAGGAGCUGAACGGAGCAGCAACCGCAGACUCCAAAGGCUUUGCAGCUGUCAACUUGAACGGGAAAACCAGAACCAGCAGGGGGUCUGCAACUGAUCCCCAGAGCCUCUAUGCAAGGAAAAGAAGAGAGAGAAUAAAUGAAAGGCUGAGGAUCUUACAGAACCUUGUCCCUAAUGGAACUAAGGUAGACAUCAGCACAAUGCUUGAAGAGGCAGCUCAUUAUGUGAAGUUUUUGCAGCUUCAAAUUAAGCUGUUGAGCUCUGAUGAGCUGUGGAUGUAUGCUCCCAUUGCUUACAAUGGAAUGGGCAUCGGUCUCAACCAGAAAAUAUCUUCACUUCUCUGA